CCUUCGCAGUGUUCUGAGCGAGUAAGCGCUGUUCGGCGUGCGUUCGAAUCAUGCCGACUGUCAGUGUGAAGCGGGAUUUGCUUUUCCAAGCGCUGGGAAGGAGUUACACGGAUGAAGAAUUUGAUGAACUUUGCUUUGAAUUUGGUUUGGAACUUGACGAAAUUACUUCGGAGAAGGACAUCAUAAGCAAAGAGAAGGGUGAUGGGAAAGCAGAGGGUGCCUCAGACGUUGUUCUGUAUAAAAUUGAUGUUCCUGCUAAUCGGUAUGAUCUUCUUUGCUUAGAAGGUCUUGUCAGAGGUCUUCAGGUCUUUAAAGAGAGAAUAAGAGCCCCACGAUACAAAAAGAUCACGCCAUCCAGUGGUGAAAUACAACGGCUUACCAUCACAGAAGAGACAGCCCAUGUCCGUCCUUAUGCUGUGGCUGCAGUUCUUCGUAACAUAGCUUUUGUGAAGGACCGCUAUGAUAGUUUCAUUGACCUACAAGAAAAACUACAUCAGAAUAUAUGCAGGAAAAGAUCAUUAGUUGCAAUUGGUACCCAUGAUCUAGAUACAAUCUCUGGCCCAUUUACAUAUACAGCUAAGCCACCAUCUGAAAUUAAAUUCAAGCCCUUGAAUCAGGACAAGGAGUAUAAUGCUAAUGAAAUCAUGGAUUUGUACAAGACAGAUAGUCAUCUUAAGCAUUAUCUUCAUAUUAUUGAAAAUGAACCACUUUAUCCAGUCAUCUAUGACAGCAAUGGUGUUGUUCUUUCCAUGCCACCAAUAAUCAAUGGGGACCAUUCAAAAAUAAGUCUGAACACCAAAAAUGUGCUCAUCGAAUGUACAGCCACAGAUCUUACCAAGGCAAAAAUUGUCCUUGAUAUCCUCGUCACAAUGUUCAGUGAAUACUGUCAGAAGCCAUUCACUGUUGAAGCAGCAGAAGUAACUUAUCCCAAUGGAAAAAGCUACAUCUGUCCAGAGCUGGCUUAUCGUCGUGAAAAGAUAAAGCCUGAAAUAAUUAACAAGAAAAUAGGAAUUAGUGAGACUCCAUCAAGCCUUGCAAAGCUGCUCACCAGAAUGUGUUUGAAGUCACACGUCAUAGGGAAUGGGAACAAUAUAGAGGUUGAAAUCCCUCCUACCAGAGCUGACAUUAUCCAUGCAUGUGAUAUCAUAGAAGACGCAGCAAUAGCGUAUGGCUAUAAUAACAUUCAGAUGACUAUUCCGAAAACAUACACCAUAGCUAAUCAAUUCCCUCUUAAUAAGCUCACAGAACUUCUGAGACAAGAUCUGGCAGCGGCAGGUUUUACCGAAGCUCUCACUUUUGCUCUGUGUUCCCAAGAAGACAUUGCUAAUAAGCUGGGGACUGACACCUCUGAAACAAAAGCUGUUCACAUAGCAAACCCCAAAACAGCAGAAUUUCAGGUGGCACGCACGACUCUCUUGCCUGGUCUCCUGAAAACAAUUGCUGCUAACAGGAAAAUGCCUUUGCCACUGAAACUCUUUGAAAUCUCUGACAUUGUACUGAAAGAUUCCACCAAGGAUGUGGGUGCAAGAAACCACAGGCAUCUCUGUGCUGUCUACUAUAAUAAAAACCCUGGCUUUGAGGUCAUUCAUGGUUUGCUAGAUAGAGUCAUGCAGCUCCUGGAAGUCCCACCAAGUAAAGAGAAUGGAUACUACAUUAAAGCAACUGAAGGUUCUGCUUUUUUCCCUGGCCGUUGUGCUGAGAUCUUUGCGAAAGGGCAGAGCAUCGGGAGCCUAGGAGUUCUCCACCCUGAUGUUGUCACCAAAUUUGAGCUCACCAUGCCCUGUUCUGCUCUAGAAAUCAAGAUUGAACCUUUCUUGUGAAGAUUGGCAUCCUUCAGUUCGCGUUUGUCCUGCAACCAUCCCACUUUUCCUAUCAUCAGGCACUUGUCCCUACUUUUAAUGAGCUAAGCCCGUCUUGUUAUGGUCUUUAAUUUAAAAAAAAGCUCCUUCAGUGCAACAAGGCUGAUUUAAGUAACAAAAGAUGACCUUUCCCAAUAGAUUGAGCCAUAAGUUCAGUGUAUGGACAGAAUACAUGUGUUUUCCAGAAGGUUCCAGAGGAUGAACUUCAGACUGUAACUGAUUGUAGCUGCGUAACAGGAAUUUCAUUCUAUUCUUACUGCAUGAAGUAAGAUAAGUUAUUAUAACAAAUGUUGAACAAAUGUGAACAGAAUUGAGCAAUUUAGCUCUUCAUGUAUAGGGGUUGCAGCAAACUUCAACAGAGGGCAGGGAAAUAUGUAUUCCUUGCAAAAAUUUAGAAUUUUGUAAACCAGUUUCUACAGUAGUUACAGUUGCAUGUCAAGUUGCUUCACUGGAAAAUAAGGGAUCAAAAUAAAAUGUGCAGGUUCUGUA